AAGGACCUGGAGCCCAGCCUUCAAAAAACAAAAAAACAAACAAACCAGAAAAUAACCCUAACGGCACAUCAUGGCUACUGCAGAGUCUAUGCCCGAAAAAGCUGAAUAUCCUACAUCAGAGAUCACCAAGCAAGAUUUUUUUCAAGAGGCAAAAACUCUCAUUGCUCAACAUUAUGAGAAAAUAAAUGAGAAUAAAAUUCAAGGUACUUCUAUAAAUGUUUUUAGAAAUAAACACCAAAAAACAAAAUGUGGCAAAUACAUACCUUUGGAGAUUAAAAAAAAGGAAACACUUGAUGUGGUCCAAGAACAUCAGAUAGCACGCAAGAAUAUUUGUUUUCCCAAGGAGUUUUGCAAAAAUGAAUCUUUUGGAGAGCCUUCUCAACGAACUUUCAAGGAGCCACACUUUUUUCAUGUAAAAGAAAAACACGAGGAUUCUAUAGAUCAAUUUGCAAAAGCAAUGAGUUACUGUUGUAUGCCAGGUACUAUGCGAGCAGCUGGGGAAACAAAGAUGAAAAGGCUCAGACAGUAA